AUACGCCAGUGCUCCUUUGCCGGUAUUGCAGUCAGUCAGCCCCGCUCAAGAGAUUACAUCUCUACGAGAUAUUUGUGCAGGCAAACUGCUUUUUAAAACCCAGCUCUCUGGUCUAAUGGACAAACUCUUUGUAAAUGCUUUUUCAUAAUCCUCGCUCUAGGAAAUCGCACUCUGGCUGCUCAACGGGCCCUGGCCUUGAGUCUUAUUUGAAAGGAUUUAACUUUACUGGGGAGCCACCUUGGCUUCUCUGCACCUGAGUCACAGAAACUUCUAAUUCUAUCUCUUUCACAUCCAGUUUACGAGUGACAAAGAAAAAGGACUUGUUACAAUGAAUGCUGUCAUGCCCAGAGAUUUUGAAUUCUCUUUCCUUGAGGAGGGUUUCUCUGCUCGGGAUAUUGUGGAGCAGAAGAUAAAUGAGUCAUCCCUGACAGAUGACAGAGAUGCUUUCUAUGUCUGUGACCUGGGAGAUGUUCUGAAGAAACAUCUACGCUGGGUGAGGGCCUUGCCUCGCAUCACUCCUUUCUAUGCUGUCAAGUGCAAUGACAGCCAGGCUGUAGUCAUGACUCUGGCGUCCCUGGGAACUGGCUUUGACUGUGCAAGCAAGACGGAGAUUCAGCUGGUUCAGUCUCUUGGAGUGGACCCAAGCAGAAUCAUCUAUGCCAACCCGUGCAAGCAAGUUUCUCAGAUAAAGUAUGCAUCUGCCCAUGGGGUCCAGAUGAUGACCUUUGAUAGUGAGGUGGAGCUCAUGAAAGUGGCUCGUUGCCAUGACAAUGCCAAGCUCGUGCUGCGUAUCGCCACAGAUGACUCGAAGGCGGUGUGUCGCCUGAGUGUGAAGUUUGGGGCCCCACUCAAAGCUUGCCGGGGCCUACUGGAGCGAGCUAAGGAACUGGGGCUGGAUGUGAUCGGUGUCAGCUUUCAUGUUGGCAGUGGCUGCACUGAUGCAGAGACCUACACUAAGGCUAUUGCAGAUGCCCGCUGCGUCUUUGCUAUGGGGGAGAUGUUGGGCUUCAACAUGGAUCUGCUGGACAUCGGAGGUGGUUUCCCUGGUUCAGAUGAUGUUGAACUUAAAUUUGAGGAGAUCACAGCAGUAAUCAACUCUGCCCUAGACAAGCAUUUUCCUGUCGAUGCUGGUGUUAGGAUCAUUGCUGAGCCGGGACGGUUCUAUGUGGCCUCUGCCUACACAUUGAUUGUGAACAUCAUUGCCAAGAAGGUCAUCAUAGAUGAGGACUCUGAUGAAGAAGACGAGGGGACCAGUGACAAGACUCUUAUGUACUACGUCAAUGAUGGCGUGUACGGAUCCUUCAACUGCAUACUUUAUGACCACGCCCACUGCUUGCCGACACUGCACAAGAAGCCUAAGCCAGAUGAAGCCCUGUACACUUGCAGUAUCUGGGGCCCAACGUGCGAUGGCCUUGACCGCAUUGUGGAGCAGUGUAACCUUCCUGAGCUGCAGGUGGGCGACUGGCUGGUUUUUGAGAACAUGGGUGCCUACACUGUAGCUGCAUCUUCCACCUUUAACGGCUUUCAAAGACCCGACAUCUACUAUGUCAUGUCUCGCCCUGCUUGGCAAUAUGUCCAGCAAAUCUGUUCCCAGGGCCUUCCAGCUCCUGCAGAGGAGUCUUCCCUGUUUGAAGUGCCAGCAUGCUGUGGCCGAGAGACCAGCUUGGACAUGCCCACUAAACCGUGCCACACCCACAUGGUUUAAAUGUGCUGUAGGAUGCAGCAGUGUUCCUCUGAUCUAUAAAUUUGUCUGUCUGUUUUUUGUAUUAAUUGGGCAAAGUUUUCUUUGUUUUCUAAAUGUAUGUGACAUUUUCAAGGCCAGUUACUUGAAAGGAGAAUGAGACGGACAUAUUGCGCACAUUUUUGGUCUGUAAGGAAGCUGGGGAUCAUUCCUUAAUGAAAUGAGGCUGAUUCACACUCUGGCCUUCUCUGUGGGUUCCAGGUAAAGUGUUAGAGGGCCACUCAGUACUUGAAUUAGUUGUUCCAUCUUACUUUUUUAAAAUGAGGGAAUGAUGAACUAUGAACUGGGUUACUGUGGUUCGCCAUGAGCAGCUUUGUUUAACUGGAAUGAUAUAAUUGGUUGCUUUUACUAAACAGAUGUUAGAGCCACUUCACUGAUCGUUCUCAUUACUGUGGGGCUCACAGCUGAAGUCAGUUUGCCAAGAUGUGAGGGGUUGAUUGUUUUUAUUACUGGGAACUGACCUGCAAAGGGGGUUCAGAUCAUCACUGACCCUUCAAGUUCCUGUUAACAUAUGAAGUCACAUCUUGAUUAACUCGGGAGGUGGUCAGAGGUGUGAACUCAUCCCUCUAAUGGCUGCUAUUUUAAUAUUUAUCUUUUCCAUGAUCUCCUCUUCAGUGCAGAACCUCUUCAGUGUUAAUCCUCAAGAUAUUACCAAGCACUAUGUAUUCUUUACUGGCAUUUAUCUAAAAGUGGUUCAGCAUCUAUCAAUACUGAUUACUGUAUUUCUGUUACAUCUAAUUGAAAAUAUUGACUGCAUGCAUCAUAUUGUGCAUGUCCAUACAGCGUAUACUGGUGUCUGUACUUGUAUGGCUGUAAGAGGGUGGCUUUCUACCAGAUACAUGUACUUACUAGUCUUGAUGGCAAUACGUGAAGCUUAUAUCAAACAUCUGAUUGCAGGAGCUAAAGGAAAAACCACACAAAUCUUAAAGAUUAACACUUAAAACACGGACUCAAAAAGCAGACUGCACCUCUCCUCUUCUCCGCCUCAUUUUCAUUUCUGUGUUUUGUAAUUUGGAAGACGAGCGAUUCUGUUCCGAACUAACCAGACAUUACCCAUGCAUUUAAAAUGGAUAUGAAAGAGAUGGGAUUGCACAUUCAUAUUGCUUUCCUAUGGAAACUUUUUGAAAUUUUGUAUUUUUUUGAUAAAUAAACAUUAGGUGCCGAA